AUGCCAGAUGGUGCGCGGAUAGUUGUAAAAUGCAAUCAUCUUGGCCAGCCUAUUGGGGACGAAGGUGGAGUCCUGGGGAAAUUUCUUGGCACAAUAGCUAGACUUGGGGGUUAUUGUCCACUUGACAAAAAGGACUGGCGUAAUGUCAAGAAGGAUGGUGGGGCUGACACAAUACUUCAGUGUGUACAGACAAAGUUCUUGUACCCUGCUAAGUGUGACAAGUGGAUACUAAAAACUACCGGGCGAGAUCGGAGAAGAUUCAAGGCUGGUCUGAAGAAAAUUUUCUUUAAUGCAAACAAGAAAAGAAAAUCUUUGUAUAAGCUUUGUCCAGAAUAUGUGGAUAGUGACCAAUGGCGUGAACUUGUCAAAUUUUGGAAGUCUAAGGAAGGAAGGCGUCAAGAGGACCCUGAGAAGAAACAGCCACAUAGAGCGAAGGUUUACUUAGCGACUCACAGAAAACCAAAAAAGGCCAAAGAUAAAGAUAAGUUUGUGGUUGAGUUGGAAAAGGUAAUUGAUGAACAACCAGAGUUGGCACAAAGUGACCAGGGAAGAGUUGCAUGGAAAGGUGAUGCCUUGCACAAAGUUUUGGGGAAUGAAAAGCCUGGACAAGUACAUGGAAUGGGCUUGCUUCCUGUUCCUAACCAAGUUUAUGGUCGAAAACCUCGUUAUCUCAAGAACAUCAAUAUGACCACAACAAAUGGUUCAUCACAUGAUGAAGAGGCUGAUGCUAGGGAGGAAAUAGCAAAGCUAAAGCAACGCAUAGAACAGCAAGACCAAAUCAUUGAUGCAUUAAGAAACAAAGAUGAAGUGUGUGGGACGAACAAAAUGGCAACGGAAAAUUUCCAAAUCGUAGGUAAUGGUGAAUCUCAUCCAGAAGUACUACAUAAUAAUAAAAGAAAGAGAGUUCAUGCCAAUGGACCUGAUGCAAAACACAUAGUGGUCAAUCCCAGAGAUACAACAAUGAAGCAUCAUCUUGAAAAUGAGGGUUGCAAUAAAUUCUCAUAUCAAGUACCAUCAUCACCAGCCCAUGCUGUUUUUGAUAGAGAGAUGAGAAAGAGCAGGGAGAAUAUGGAUGGAAAUUUGACUAGAGUACACAAACAAAGCACUCAAGACAAGUCUGUAGUCCAUGUGCCCUCUAAGCAGAAACGUAGUCCUUCCAUGGAGGUUGGCACAAAAGUGAUUCUGAAGUCUUCAAUAUAUCCAAACAAAAGGCAUGUGGCACAUGCUAGCAUUUUGGGUUGUAGUUCAAAAAAAAUGGUUGGUGGCGUUGAGCUAGGUCGGCAGUUCAUAGAAGUGCAAGUUGAUCAACCUAUUGAGGAAUGUGAGCGCUUGGUAAGGGAAAGGGAAAAUUGUAUGACAAUUGGCGAUGCUUUCACCUCUGGAUUAACAAUUGCUUGGCCUUCAGCUUGUAUUGAGAGGUUCAAUGGUUGA